GUUGCUCUCUGUCCUCAUGGACAAGUGUUUCAUUCAUGUCGUUGACUGGUUCGUUGAUUCACACCUAUAGGCUACUUUCCUCCAGUUCGCUUGAGGUAAUUGUGAUAUUUGUCUGUGGGAUGCGAUUGCGACUUAAGCAAGAGCAUCACUACCACGCAGAAGAGCACGAGCAGGGGCAAGAAGGCGGGCUUUCAACAGCGUCAGAAGAGAAUAAAGUAGUCGACCUAAAUUAUUUUCCGUAGCGUAAUUAUCCUACUACUCCCCGAGGGUGGUGCAGUAAUCAGAAGAAAUUAAUGAAGGAGGACGAAUUAAAUUGUGUGAGGUCUCAAGGCAUAUGUUUUAAAGUCUUGUAAAACAUGAUAAAUCAACCAGCAACCGAACGAAAAGCUUAGGCGAGAAGGAACCCGAACGUUUGGAGUUGUGGGUAAAAUAUGGAAAUGUUGUACUAUCAACGUUUCAUUGAAGUCAUUAGCUGGCCAUUUGCAAGGACAUGUUUUUUUUAAAGAACAUCAUCUCUUAUAGAAGACUUAACUCAAGUCUGAUCCCAACUUGACCACCACUGGUUAUGAAAACCUGCAUCCUCAUAGUAAAUCGGCAGGAGGCAAGAUGUUUGUGGAGUCUGUUGUCCGAUGGGGGGCAUGGAGCAUCUUGCUCCAGUGUGGAUUAUUGGGUGUGUCAGCAGGGGACUUCCCCUGGCCUUGCCCUGCCAGGUGUGUGUGUCGGCUUGAGACUUUAGAAGUGAACUGCUCUGACAAACAGCUGACUUCUGUGUCUCAGGGCUUCGCUAGUGGCACCCAGCGCAUUAACUUAUCUCGUAACAAGCUGAAGACACUGGGUCGUCGCCAGUUCUUUGGAUUGACCCAGCUAGAGGAUCUGGACAUUAGUGACAAUGUCAUCGCCAUGAUUGAAGUGGAGGCUUUCCAGGGCCUGCAGAACCUCAAGACCCUGUGCAUUAGGAGCAACCGCCUCAAGAUCAUCUCUGUGGGGGUCUUCUCCGGACUGCCCAGCCUGCGCUUCCUGGACCUGAGUGAGAACGAGAUCCUAGUCUUUCUGGACUACACCUUCCGUGAAUUGGUGAGCCUGCACCAGCUGGAGGCUGGGGAGAAUGAUCUGGUGUUCAUCUCCCAGCGGGCCUUUACCGGCCUGCAGAACCUGCAGGAGCUCAAUCUGGACCGCAGCAACCUGACCUCCAUCCCCACCGAGGCACUGUCCCAGCUCCAGAGCCUGACUCGGCUGCGCAUGUUCCGCCUCACUAUUUCGGCGCUGCCCAACAAUGCCUUCCGCCACCUGCAUCGACUGCGCAGCCUCGUCAUCUCCCACUGGCCCUUGCUGGACACCCUGGCCAGCAACAGCCUGAUUGGCCUCAACCUCACCUCGCUGGUCAUCAGCAGCUGCAAUCUCAGUGCUGUCCCAUACCAGGUGCUGCGCCACCUGGUCUACCUUGGCUACCUGGACCUGUCCUACAACCCCAUCACAGCCAUCCAAGGUAACCUGCUGGGGGACUUGUUGCGGCUGCAGGAACUGCACCUAGCUGGGGGCAACCUGCUCCGUAUCGAGCCAGGGGCCUUCAGGGGGCUGGCUUACUUCCGUCUGCUCAACGUGACAUCCAACCAGCUCAGCACGCUGGAGGAGAGUGCCUUCCACUCGGUGGGGAAUCUGCAGGUCCUGCGGCUAGAUGGGAACCCCCUGGCCUGUGACUGCCGACUGCUCUGGGUGGUCCGCCGGCGACAGCGUCUAAACUUCGACGGCCGCCAACCCACCUGCUCCACCCCGGACAUGGUGCGAGAGCGGGAAUUCCGGGACUUCUCAGAGAAAGAGCUCCCGAGACUGUUCACCUGCCGGCAGGCCCGAAUUGUAGACCGCAGGUCCCAGGAGGUCAGGGUGGAGGAGGGCACUACGGUGCUCUUCUCCUGCAAGGCGGACGGUGACCCAAUGCCCUCCUUUACCUGGUUGUCAGCCCAGCGGAUUCCGCUCUCCACUACGGGGCGCAUCAGGGUGUUGUCCAAUGGGACUCUAGAGGUACGCUAUGCCCAGGUUCAGGACAGCGGCACAUACCGGUGCACAGCGGGCAACGCAGCUGGCAACGACAGCCUGUACGUCAGCCUCUAUGUGAAGGGUUUCCCACGUAACCGCACCAUGCCCUUUUUCACCGACGAAGGCUGGAUAGAGUCCUCACACGCCCCUACUGCCAACUCCUCUGCCCAGGUGGCCAACCAGUACCCGUUUGAUGCCAAGACUCUGAUCAUCGCCACCACCAUGGGCUUCCUGUCCUUCCUCAGCUCAGUGGCUAUCUGCUUCGUCUUCAUGUUCUUCUGGAGCCAGAGCAAGGGGCAAAUCAAACACACAGCCACCAUCGACUAUGUGCCCCGUACCUCAAUGGGGGUAGGAGGAGGAGGAGGAGGGGCUGGAGGUGAUGCUGGCAAGUUCACCAUGAAGCUUAUCUAAGGUUAUGUGGGAGAGGACUUGGGACACAUUGACUGGCUCUACAGGGACACAGGGACACUGCCUGCCUUCAUAAAAGCUAGAUCCUCAGUGCACCCUUAUAACAUACUGAAAUUAUACAUAUCAUCCUAAAUAUCUUGGAGAAGAAAAUAAUGAACAGUGGUUGUCUAGAAACUGGUUUAUUUAAAUGGUGUCAGUAUUUAUUCAACAUUACAAUUACAGUGCUACAAAUCGAACAUGAUGAUAUGAAACAUUAUACAUGUUCAUGUGUAUAAGGAAUGCUCUUAAAGUGUCAAGGUUCAUUUCACUCAUAUCAGGUGUGCUUGGUGGAUCUGAUGUACAGUAAGUGUGGAUAUCAUGUGUCAACUUGCCAAUACAGGUCAAGCAAGAAUUGCCCUCUGACCUGAGGAUAACUAUUUAUGCUUAUCCACAUAGGAUCCAUUCAGAGACUGCAUACUCACCAUUUGCUUAAGGCUCUAUGAAACUAUAAUAAUAUGCAAACACAUGACUGUAGUUAUAUAGUUAUAAUAGAUGUAUAGAAUAUUGUACUAGGCUAUAUUAAAAUACUGUAGAUAAAUCAGUUUCACUGUACAGUAACAUUUCAUGGCUCACUUUUUGACUAGCCUCUAGUUUACGAAAAUUCAUGUUGUUUUGGGGACAGGAGUAUUAUUUAGUUAUCAGAAUUUGACAGUGUCCAGCGGGUGAUGAAAUUCUAAUCUGUACAUGAGAAUGUAUCAAUUCCAUGUCAUAUUAUAAACAAUCUUUUAAGCUUUAAAUCCUAUUUCCAUUUUCUUUUUUACAACAAAGUAAGAUAGUUUGCACACAUCAAAUACAGAGAAUUCAAUAUUAUUUUUAGCAAGUCAUUUUCUUUUUAUACUGUAUAAUUUGGUAAGAUAUUGCAAUCAGCAACAAUGCUUCAAUGAUAAUAUAACUGUAUAACAUUCAUGUAACCUCACACUGUUUAUUUUUCCUGAAUGUUAAUCAAUCACAGGGUAUUGAAAAUAUGUGCCUGAGUAAUCUCACUCGCCAUUCAAGAAACAAUGAUGAACUGUAAUGGCGAACAGUACCUUGUACAAUGUCAAAUGUAGGUCAUGGACAUUUCCAUGCUCUAGGUUACUUUAUGGCUGUAUCUAGUCCUGUGGAUUAGUGCCACUUAAAUAUGCCACUCUUCUUUCAUGUACACUUGUUGUGUAGGUACACACAAACCAAAAUUCCAAUACAAUGUAAAUGAUGUACACAUCUAUAGUUAAGUCUGUUGUUUUGCUAUCUUGUUUGUAAAAUAUAAUCUUUUUGCAUUUUGAAAUGAUUAAAAACCUAUUUUAACCUGC